AUGGGGCCUGGGGCCACUGAAGACAAAGUCCCAAUCCCACCCCCAGGACCAUUCCCAGAAAAGCUGCAGGCUCUCCGGCACCUGCAUUUCCUGGAAGACAACUCUGUUCUCAGGCCUGCCCUUACAGCCACCCCCACCUCCGCCAACUCACACCCACUUCUGGAUUACCACCCCACCACCCACCCCGGACUGGACGCCUACACACCUUCCUGUGUGAAGUCGAUGGGCCAUGGCCUGUCGUCGCUGAGCAAGGGAAGAGGGGUAUGCUCUUGCUGGGACAGGGGCUGGGACUUGUGGAUGGGGAGGUACAAGGUGAGCUCUGAAGCGCAGAGCCGGCCAGGGAGGAGAAAGCUGCCCCCAAACCCGCCCCCUCCUUCCUGGGGUCCCAGCGUGCCCGCCUUCAAAAGCCUCCUGGGCAGCUGGGGAGCUGCAGCUGCAGGCCGACAGUCAAGAAGGAUGGUGGGGCAAGGAUCCGGAGGCUCCAGCAUGAAGUGUUUUGACUUAUGCUUUGAUGAGCUCAUCAAGCAGUGCUUACCGUGCAAUUUGUACCAUACCCCCAAGGCUCCUGGAGCUGACAACAUCUCCAGCUCUCCAGAGACAAUCACACUGAUGACUCAAGUGUCCAACACGUCGGCGAUUUCAUUCUUCAGGCAGCUUCCAGUCCCAUACCUCCUGCUUGGGAUCCCCAUAGGGCUGGCGCUGGUGUCAGCCAUACUGUAUGGACUACUAGUGUGUCUGCUGAAGAGACAGCUGGAGAGGACCCCUGCUGAUGUGGAGGCUGGCCCCAGCAGGGAGCUAGCCCUGGGAGUCGACCUUCCCCCUCACCAGGAACCUAAAGUCUUAGAGACUCAAAACUCCAACUUGGAUGAAGAACAUGAGCUCCACCCCCUCCAGGAGUGUGAUGGCGCUCCGGAGCCUGGCUCAGAGCCCAGCCACAGCUUCCCUGUGCCUGCCACGGAGCUGGGGGCCAUGGUGCUUGUCACCACGAAGACCACCACCACCUCGGAGCUGUAG